AUGGAUAAUUCGUUAGACUUACCUAGUGAAUCUCCUCUAUCAAAUUCUAUUCUAAAAAAUCGGCCAACACCUAUUACUAGAACAAAAAUAAAACCAACAAAUAAAACACCUUUGACUAUCGGUCUUGAUGAUGCUGUACCACUUGAGGAUUCUCAUGUUGUUGAAAACCCAAUUCAUGUUGCAAAUAGACAACUUUUAUCGAACAAUGCAAAGAAUGAUGAUUCUAAUGUUGUAUUUCGUCAAAAAAAGCCUUAUUCAUCAAAUAGAUACAAUAUUUUAGCAUGUUUACCACAAGAAAAUAAUAAUAAUAAUAUUUACUCAAAUACAUUAAAUCUAUCUGAUAAAAAUCUAUUCUAUGUUACUUCCUCCAUAUUUGAUGAUGAUUCAAAUUCUCAUUCGUCUUCAGGCCAGACAUUAUUAUCGCAACAUGAAGAAAAAAAUUUAUUUAUUUCAAAUAUUAAUCAACAAAACAAUCAAUCAGUACGCAACGAUGAAUUAAAUAAAAAUUCUCCAUUACAACCGAUGAAUACAAAACCCAAUUCAGUUUCAAGUUUAAUUGAUAAUUUUUCAAAUUCAUCAAUAUGUAGUGAUGAUGAUUCAAUUGUACCGAAUCAAACAACAGUUUAUCUCGAUAGAGUACGAGAAAAUUCCAGUAAUUGUCGAUGUGCUGAUUGUAAUUUUGAAUAUCCAACAAUUGCAAUUAUGUCUUGGCUAUUAGUGAUAUGUAAAAGAUGUGCUGUUAUUCAUCAUCGUUUAACAUCAAAUUUUCUUCGUCUUCAAUCAUUGAUGACUAAUACAUGUGAUUCAGAUUUAAUUGAUCUGUUUCAUGAUUAUGGUAAUCAAUUUGCGAAUAGUUUAUUGGAAAAUAAUUCUUCAAUAAAUUCCAAACCAAAUACUAAUUCAACAGAAUUCGAACGUAAACAAUAUAUAAGAAAAAAAUAUAUUGAAAAAAUUAAUCUUCGACCAUAUCAAUCAAAUCAACAAACUUAUACAAAAGAUCAACUUAAUAAAAUGUUAUAUGAAAAUGUUGAAACAAUAGAUUAUAAAAAGACAUUGCAUUUAAUUAUGUUAGGAGCUGAUCCAAAUUAUUCAGAAAAAAAUUUUUCUGUUGCAGAUCAUGCUCAACGACAUCAACAGAUUAAACAAAUGAAAAUUAUUUUAGCUAAUGGAGUAUCGAAUAAUAUUAAUGAAAAAACACUUAAAGCAAAAUUAAGUCUCAAUCAACAAGAAUUAGAUCAACAAUCAUCCAUUUAUUCAUGGUCUGUUGAAGAUAUUUAUCUUUAUAUUGGAGCUGAUUGUCGUUUUGUUGAUCCAUUUGAUAUGAAUCAAUAUCGAGUAUUAACGAUAUUACCUCCUGAUAAUAAUGAACCGAAUCAUACUGAAUCACCAUUUGGCAUAUCAUUUCGUUUUUCUGAUCGUAAUCAAAUGUUUGCUUGGUAUCUUGAAUUAGUUCAUAUUAAUGGUCAUGAUAAAUGGACUCGACAAGCAUCACGUUCAAUACCAGAUGGUAUUAAUUAUUUACCAUUACAAAAUUAUCAUACACCAUCAUCAUCAAUGUUAGCAAGAAAAAAAUCUGAUGUAUUCAAAAAUAAAUUUAUUGCUAAAGGAUGUCAUGUUGCUUCAAAUUUUUUCCAAUCAACUAUGUUAUCUAAUCAUAAUCAUCAGUUAUAUAAAAAAUCUCAGAUUCGACAUCAUAGACGACGAUUAAAACAAAAUUAUCGAAAAAAAUUUUCAUCAAAAGUAGAACAAUCAUCAUCUAGCAUUCAUUCACAUCAAUUUUUAUUGGAUCUUCAACGACCUGGUACACGUUUUUUAUCUUAUACAAUAACUGAACUUGAACCAAUCUGUCAACAAAUAGCUAUACAACAAAUGUCUUCAACACAAUCAUUGAUAACAACUUGUCCAUUGAUUUGUUUAUUUUGUGAAAAUUUAAUUUAUGAACCUAUAACACUUUAUUGUGGUCAUACAUAUUGUGAACAAUGUAUAAAAGAUAAAGAACUUGAUUCAUUAUCAAUAAACUGCUUACGUUGUUCAAAAGAUAUUCAAGGGCAAAUACAAUCACCAAUUUUACAUGCAAGAGAAAAAAUUUAUAGUAAAAAUCAUUUUCUUAAACAAAUUAUUGAACGUAUAGAAAAAUUAAAGUUUAAAUGUGAAAAUAUUUUAUUAUGUCAUGAAGCACAAAAUGAAUAUGAAAAGAAAAAUUAUCAACAAGCAAUUGAUAUUUAUUCAAAUAUAUUAGAUCAAUAUAAUGAUGAUCAUAUUGCAUUGUACGGUCGAGCUAAACUAUAUAUGACUUUAAAAGAACUUGAUAAAGCUCUCAUUGAUAUUGAACGAGUUAUACGACUUAAACCACAUUGGGCGAAAGGUUAUUAUUGUCGAAGUGAAAUAUUAUUCGAAAUGAAACGUUGUACAGCUGCAUUAUUAUCAUCAUUACAAGGACUUUCAAUCGAUCCGGAAGAUCAUAUAGGCAAACGAAUAAUGGCUCGACAUCUUCAUGCUGUGCUACAUGAUAAUGAUAAUAAUGAAACUGCAAUAACAACAGAAAAUGAAUUAGACACACUUCUAUCAACAAAUGACACAACCACGGAAAUGAUAACUUCGGGUACAACAGAUAUGAAAUUACUCAUGUGUAGAUCAACAUCAUCAGCUUCAUGUCUUUGUACAUUAUUCGAUUGUAAAUAUUUAUGUGCAAGAGAUUUCGAAUGUUCUAUAUGCGUCAAUGUACUAUGGUUUCCAGUGACAACGCCAUGUGGUCAUGUUUUUUGUCGAGAAUGUCUUAUACGUUCUAUAGAUAAUACACAAGUUCAAUGUCCAAUGUGUAAAAAUUCAUUGGAAGAAUUUUUUCCAAUGUUAAUACAAUCACAUGUGAAUAAAACUGAAAUCAUAUCACAAAUUAUAGAAAGUUAUUUUCCAAAUGAAUUUAAUGAACGACAACAAUUAUAUGAACACGAAAAUAUUGAAGGAGCAACAAUUCCUCGAUUACCAAUAAAUAAUAUUAUAUCAACUAUAUUUGAAAUUCCAAUAUUCGUAUGUGUAUUAGCUUUACCUUAUUGUACAUGUCCAUUACAUGUAUUUGAACCACGUUAUCGUUUAAUGAUGCGUCGAACAAUCGAAACUCAAUCACGUACAUUUGGCAUGUGUAAAUAUGAUCAAGAAACAGAUACAUUUGCUGAUUAUGGUACAUUAUUAUUUAUACGUGGUCUUGUUUAUACUCGUGAUGGUCGUUCAAUAGUUGAUACAAUAGGUCAACGACGUUUUCAUAUUAUUGAUCGUGGAGAAAGAGAUGGAUAUAAUACAGCACGUAUACAACUUAUUCAAGAUCAUCCAAUUGAACAUGAUGAAUUUGAUGAUUUAUAUCAAAUUAAUCGAAAUACUUAUAAUCGUGUACGUGUUUGGUUUGAUCAACUUGAUGCAUAUCAACGAACAUUAAUAAGUCGUCAAUUAGAAGGUUAUCCACCAUGUGAUAAUCUAACUGAUGAAUCAACUGAUGGACCUAGUUGGGCUUGGAUAAUGUUAAAUUUAUUACCCAUUGAAGCAAAUCUUCAAUAUACAGCAUUGAUUUCACAAUCAUAUCGUACUCGUUUACAAAUAAUUAAUGAUACAAUAGACUUUUUACUCAAUCACCAACAACAACAACAACAAACAAUAACUUCUACAACUGAUGAAUCAUAG